GGGAAAUGUGGUCUCUGUCUAGACAGUCAGUUCUAGAGUGAAGGAAAGAGAGAACUUCAACAAACAUGAAAUUCAGGUCUUAGUUUCUCUGACGAAGCCUUCUCCAGCCCUGAUCUUUCUAUAUAUUACAUGCAUGUCCUUGCUGGGAGCGCUUAGGACCUUUCUUGUCAGUCAUCUCAGUAGCUGCUCAGUUCCUGCUGCUCCUGCUGCCCGACAUUGUCUCUGCCUUCAGGGCUCUCGACUGCCUGAUAGAGAAUUGCCAUUGCCAUCUGCUGCAGCCUACAUUUCCUUGAAGAUACUAGAGGAGUAAAGCAUUCAGGAAGGAGGAGGAAUUCCAUAUGCUGGAACCUUGGUACCCAAUGUAGCUGUGUUGAGAGGUGGACUUCUAGGAGAUUCACAAUUUACUGUACAAACUGAGUAUUGCCUGAUGAGUUGGCAUCAGCUCCCUCAGGUGUGAGACGUAACAGUACCUCAAGAAACUAGGAAGAUUCUGUUUGCCUUGAGAGUCUGGUGUCGCCUGAUUUGUCCCAUCCUCCCAAAGCAGAGAGGAACUCUCCACAACAAGGAAGUUGGAAGAGUCUUGUGAAUUCCAUGGAACAGUAUGCCACCAUUGUCAUGGCAACAGCUCCCUGGUGGGUCCAGGCUGCACUCCCAUGCAGGGGAAGUGAUUCCCAAAUGAAGUGGGCAUCUGAAGGAGAGGCUGCCAGGAAACAGAAGGGGCUAAGAUCAGAGGCUUCCUCAGUGUCCCAACUCCAUGGCCAGGAGAAGAAGGCUGACAAACCUGGUCCUGGAGAAGAGAGAGCCCUUGAUUCUGGGUCUAACCAAAGUCACUCCCAUGAGCAAAUCUAAUCCCAGUCCACACUUCUGGGUACUUCUGGGUGACGUUGUUCAAAUCUGGGCUACAGUGAACUUCCAGUUUCUAGAAACAAAGGUUAACAGACUCCAUCGUUGCCCAUGCCAGAGUGCCCAAGCUGGGCUGUACAUGAACACCACUUGGAGAACUUUAUAAGAUGGUGAUGCUCAGCUCCCACCUCCAGAAUUAUCUCCAGGAGAUUCUAGAGUAGUGCUUCUUCUCAAGCCUCCUAAUGCUGUGGCCCUUUAAUACAGCUCCUUGUGUUGUAGUGACCCCCCACCAAAACAAUAUUUUCAUUGCUCUUCACAACUGUAAUUUUUCUACCGUUAUGAAUCGUAAUGUAAAUAUCUGUAUUUGUUUGGAUGGUCUUUGGCGACCCCUGUGACAUGGUCAUUCAGCCUUCAAAGGGGUCCUGGCCCACAGGUUGAGAACCACUGUUCUAAAGUAUAGCCUAUUGUGGAAGUGACAGUGAAAGGUCAAAGUUGAGAGUCGGAUCUGUGCCCGGGAGUUCACCUGCAGAACUUAAGAAAGAAUGAAGUGUUCAAGUCUGCCUCAGUUCGCAAGCUCUGGAAUUGACCUCGGGUAUCUUUUUCCCCCUCUGUGAGAUAGAAUCUCACCUGGCAGAAUGGGACCUUGAACUUCUGAUCCUUCUGUUUCCUCCUCCCAAACACUGAGAUUAAAGGCAUCACCACACCGGGUUUAUGUGGUACUGGGGUUCUAACCCAUAGUCUCACACACACUGAGAGAAUGCUCUACUGACCGAAUUCACAAGCUCUCCAGCAAACCUGAGGUGUGAGUACCACAGCCCCAGCAUAAGACAAAGCUUUGCAGAAAGAAUAGUCACUCAGGAUGGGAGUAGGGAGAGGGGUUGUAGGCUUGCCAUGGUCUUCAUUUACACACAUACCCCCACCCUCGGGGUUGGAUCUAGACUAGAAUGUUGCAUUAAAGAUAUUAAAUUAAAAUUGUUUGUGUGGACCAAAAGCAAUCCUGAAUAGAUAUUUUUGGAUGGUUCAAUCAAAUAUCAGUGGUCACAAGAGACUGUAAGAUUCUUUUUUCACCAAGACUGGGGUGAGAACAGAGUUCAAUGUCCUAAGUAGCCUCAUGAGGCUACCAGGCAGCUAGCCAGCAGCCUCUGUCCACGGUGCGGGGCUAAGUGGCAGGGGAAACCUGCUGCAGACUGAAGGCUCUGAUCUGCUAAGCGACUGGCAAAGGCACACAGCAUCUACACUUCUCUUUCCCUUGUAUGAGGAAUACUUCAUUUUCUUUUUAAUCUUUUUUUUUCAGGUUGCAAAGGUAAUUUGAGCUCACUAUAGCUAAUAAGUCAAUGCCAAGAUUUAUAAAGAAAACCAAUUCUCUUCCCACCUUCCUGCUCUGUUCCCAGCCUCUUCUCCCAGAAGCCUGGGAUGGUCCCCCCUCCGCCGGGAGAGGAGAGCCAGACGGUCAUCCUUCCACCUGGCUGGCACAGCUACCUGUCUCCUCAGGGCCGCCGUUACUAUGUCAACACGACUACCAAUGAGACCACCUGGGAACGGCCCAGCAGUUCUCCUGGGGUUUCAGCCAGCCCUGGCCCUCACAGGAGCUCUCUGCCUCCAACAGUGAAUGGAUACCACGCAUCAGGGACCCCGGCGCACCCUCCAGAGACUGCCCACAUGAGUCUCCGAAAAUCUACCGGUGAUUCCCAGAACCUGGGAUCCUCGUCGCCAAGCAAAAAACAGAGCAAGGAAAACACCAUCACAAUAAACUGUGUGACAUUCCCUCACCCAGACACAAUGCCUGAACAACAGCUGCUCAAGCCGACCGAGUGGAGCUAUUGUGACUACUUCUGGGCGGAUAAGAAGGACCCACAAGGCAAUGGCACGGUGGCUGGGUUUGAACUGCUGCUGCAGAAGCAACUGAAAGGCAAGCAGAUGCAGAAAGAGAUGUCCGAGUUCAUCCGGGAAAGGAUAAAGAUUGAAGAGGAGUAUGCAAAAAACCUGGCUAAGCUCUCUCAGAACUCCCUGGCUGCCCAGGAGGAAGGAUCCCUGGGAGAGGCGUGGGCCCAAGUGAAGAAGAGCCUGGCAGAUGAGGCUGAAGUUCAUCUCAAGUUUUCCGCCAAGCUCCACAGCGAGGUGGAGAAACCACUCAUGAACUUCCGCGAGAACUUCAAGAAGGACAUGAAAAAGUGUGACCACCACAUCGCUGACCUCCGCAAGCAGCUGGCCAGCCGCUAUGUCUCAGUGGAGAAGGCCCGCAAAGCCCUCACAGAGCGGCAGAAGGACCUGGAGAUGAAGACCCAGCAGCUGGAGAUCAAGUUGAGCAACAAGACCGAGGAGGACAUCAAGAAGGCGCGACGGAAGUCCACUCAGGCUGGAGAUGACCUCAUGCGCUGUGUGGACCUCUACAACCAGGCCCAGUCCAAGUGGUUUGAAGAGAUGGUGACGACCACACUGGAGCUGGAACGACUGGAGGUGGAGAGGGUGGAGAUGAUCCGACAACAUCUGUGUCAGUACACACAGCUGCGCCAUGAGACAGACAUGUUUAACCAAAGCACAGUCGAGCCCGUGGACCAACUGCUACGGAAAGUGGACCCAGCCAAAGACAGGGAGCUCUGGGUCCGAGAGCACAAAACAGGCAAUAUUCGCCCGGUGGACAUGGAAAUCUAGACCUGCCUGUGUGGUCCUGGGGGUUCUGCUGAGGAGAGGGGCGGGGGGUCCCAUGGAGAAGGGGUGGAUCUGCCCUAUUACUUGCUGACCUGUCCACAGAAAAGGAGGAAAAGAGCCGGUGAUGCCAGAAAGAGGGCCCAGCCAGGGGCUCCCCAAUAUUCCUAGGCCAUAAAGGUGGACUCACAGCCCUGACUCCAUCUUGAAGAUUGAAGCCUCCCCUCCAACUCCCAUGCUGUGCUUGUCACUCUGAGAACAAACUGAAGCUAGAACCCUGGGAUCUCCCUGCUGAGUUCCAAUGGGGUGGCCAUCACAUGCCUGUGCCCCAGGUAUCCAGGGCAUGUCCCUCCAGCUGACUUCUCAUCUCCAGGGCAACAGGAAGAGGAAGGGAGGGAGGUCUCUGUCCUUAAACAAUGUCAGGACUAGAAUCAAGGAUAGGAGGCACAGAGUAGCUCACAGCCCAUACCCACAACUUUUUUCACCCCUCCCUACUUUCCCCCAUUACAUUCCAAGAGCCCAUAUCUAUUUUUUUCAUCCCCCACACAGGGCGGGGGUUAUCUUCUCAAUCCAACUCUGGAGAGGUCAGGACAGAACUACCUCAGUUGGCACCCCCAGAUCAUGGCUCCCAUCAGUUUCCGAUCAGACAUUGGCUGUAAAGUCUACACGGAAGACUCAACCUUCCCUCCCUUUCAGCCUCUUUCUCAAGGAGGAAGCUCCCCACUCUCACCCUGACACCCCUUCCCAGACUCAAUAGAAAAUGUUUCCAAAGUCCUCAGAUAGCUGUGUGCAUGUCCAAAGGCUUUGUGGGUGGAGUCUCAGAAAAAUCUAGUCUGCAACAUGCCCGCUUCCCCUCAACACUAUGACAACCUUGUCCCGAGCUCUCCCAGGCUGCUGACCACAUGACCAGGUCCUGUGGGAUCGCAGUCAGGGUCAGCCUAGGUUAUUCUUUGCUGGGGCCAGCUGUGUAUGUACAUGAUGGGGUAGGAAGCAGUGUCCUCCUUACUGACUCUGGACAGCAGUGCAGACUCUGAGGCUGUAGGUUAUUGCCACCUAGGAGAAGGAACUUUGGGGAGUCACAUAGUGAGCAGGGGCCAGGAGCUGGGAACGUGUGCCCUGGGAGGUCAUCCUUCUUCAUCUUUCCCACAGGCAACUUAAUAUUUGACUUGUCUGUCUCCCCAAAGGGCAGAAUCCUCUGAGCACAGCUCGCAUCUUUUAGUCUUACAUGCUGAUAGCAGACAACUUACUAAUCUCGACCUUUUUUGGCACCUCAUCUACAGAACCUCUCAUGUUUCUUAGAAGGGUGCCUAAUACAUUAAAACAAACUAAGGAUCGUCACUUUUCUUACUGAAACAUCUCAACCAUAACGGCCAUCACGAGGACAUUUCACCAACCUGUGCUCUGCAUUCCAGAACUCGGCAUGAACCAUGACACCAGCUGUCAAUAUUUGGAUAUUAUUUCCUGGUUUCUGUAUUAAAAAUGGGUGCUGUGGUUUGGCAACCUAAUUUGUGAGUGAUGGUCAAAUUCCAAGUCUUGUCAUACACGGGGGUUUGGGGUACCACAAUGUGGCUCAUGACUUUGUUCCCUUGCCCCCACCCAAAGGGUUCAAAGUUGUCACUUCCCCAGUUGGCUGAUGUGAGCCAAUUUAUUCUGAGGCCAUUCCUUCUUCAUCGCCACCUCACCUCCUCUUUAGUCUAUCCGCAUAUGCCUCCCACCCCCUCACCCCCACUUUCUCCCAUUGUUCAUUCAGGAAGCAUUUUGUUAUAGACAAGCAAUGUGUCAUCAAUCUGGCAGGCUACAGCUCUGUCACCCAAACAAGCCCUCAGACCUGUGUUACGUAGACUCCCCUCUUCCCGAGAUAAUGUCGGCUCUCCUUCUCUGCCCAUUUGAGUUCUCCGAGGUACUGGCUGUGCUGGUUUUUCUGCAUCUGUUCGUUUUACACACUAUUUUUCUCAGUGAAUGCUUGGAACUGGGUGCUGAGUGCUGAACUAGUCUGUGUCUAAGAGGACACUGUCCAGCCUGCUCCAUCCACAGGUGGACAUGUGUGUUUAGACCUCUCUGGAGAGAAGGUACAAUCCCACUUUGCACUGGGAUCUUAAAGUAUUAAUGCUGCUAGGUCUUAACCCAGCAGCAAGAUGAGUCUCAUCACUACCGAACUCUCAGCUCGUACCUGGCUCCAAUCUCAGAAAGAGCUUUGGCUGCUUUUCAGUACCUUCCCCUGUACUACAAACAGAAAGAGCGAGAACAUGGAGGACGAGGGGGCCAGGAAAUGACACCCAGAACAAGGAGUCAAGUGUCCAGCCACCUUCGCAGCUCCCUGUGGGUGAAAUUAAGAUGAUGAUGGCGUCUGAAAACUGAGAGUGCGCACCCGAGGUUGAGUGUUCAAGCUGUCGUUGGGGUCCUUGUUCUGUUCGCAGUGCUGGGGACCCAACCCAGAGUCACGUGUGUCUAAGUCAGUGCACCCCCACUUAGCUACACCCAGCCCUGUUAUCUUGCUUUUGUGAACAUGUCAGUGCUUAGGUUCUGAGAGGCUUUGGCUGGUUUUGUUCAGGGUGAGCGAGCAUCCAUUGUCCAGGCUGUGAGCUGCACAGCCCUUUCUACUUACCCUUGCUCAGGAGUGCCAAUGCACUUACGCUUUGUCUGCAAAAGCCUGAUUUAAAAAAAAAAAUCUCUAAAAUGAAUGAUGUUCAAAAAAAAAAUGGGUUAGUUGCCAUGACAACCUCCAGGAUGAGAUACUUGUUACCCUUCAUUAUUUUCUAGUACUUUUGAAUAGUCCCACAUUGCACAGGCCAUUUGAAGGAUGUGGACGGCAGCCCAGAGCUGUCUCUGGGACUGCUGUGGGGGCCACCUUUCUACCUCCACACAAGACCCUGUUGUCUCGGGAGGAUCUCCGCAAUGGUUGGUUAAUAGCUGAAACAAAGUAUCCAAAUUCAUGGCAGGGGAUUGUGUGGAUUCCCUCUGGGAAAUCCAGCCAAUUACCAGGGUAAUGGACAGGUGCGUGAGACUCUUGGCUAAGCCCAAGUCCCUUCAUGGAAACACAAGCCAUAAAAGUCAAAAGGUGUCAAAAGACCUUGGCUUGUUGGAGUCUUGACAGGAGCUUGAACAGAUGUUUGACGAGCUGCUGUUAUUCUGAAGCUAGGGAAGGCAUUGUCCAGAUACAAAGUAAGGGAGCAGAUCAACUGCCCGAUGGCUUAGCCUGGAGACUCCCUCACCCCAUAAUUGUCCACACUCCAAAAAGUAUCCUUCCACCCCCCCUUCUCAUGGUAACCAAGGUGUGAUUAAAGCACAGUAAAAUUCACCCUUUAAAGAAACGCAGUUCUUUGAACCUUCACAUCGAUGAUCUUGUCAGCCAACCAAGAUUGGCAUGGCUUCAUGUCAGUUCCCUUUGCCUACCCCUGAUCUAGCAACCAGAUGGAGGCUCUGUCCCUUUGGUUUUGCCUUUUCCUACAAUGCCAUGUAAUUGGAGUCGCACGGAUACAAACUUCUGAGUCAGCCGUGAUGUCGUGUGUAGCAGUAGACUUUUGCUGCUGAGUGGUACUCCAUCCCAUGGGUGGACCCCAGGGCUCCCUUAGUUUUAAAUGAGUUUUCUAUGCCCUGGAAGUCAUAGCCCCAGAUCUCCAGUUUGUUUGACUGAUUCCCACCCAUUGCUUCCUACAUUCCAGGGACUGCUUCCCCAGACCCCCAGCUGUGCCCUCCUUCCCCAGACCCCCAGCUGUGCCCUUGGGUGCUUCUGAUGCUGCACUCACUCUGCUGGUGAUUCUAGUUUUGGGUCAGUACCAAAAGCAGGAAGGGGUAGCAACAGAAUGUCACCCUCCACUGCAGCAGCGGACUAUCUCUCAGUGCAGGAAAAUCCUCUCCUGCAGGGGGCUGUCACCUCAGUCUUCAUGGCCUGGUGUUUAUUGAGUAAUGACCCUUGGGCACAGCUUGAGCCUUUCCUGAAUCUGUCGUAUCACCUGCCAACUGAGGGUGCUUGUCCUGGGAAAUCUCUAAAGCCUUCAGAUCCAGUGUUCUCCCCCAUCCCCUCAUGGCCUAUUUGUACCCUAUGCACGCGGUCAUGUGUAACCUGGCGUCAUCUGCACAGCUGUGGCCAGAAACCUCAUGAUGGACACUUUUCUAGGUAAACCCAAAUGGAACUGAAUCAUGUCACUAGCUGAGAAAUACUUAGUCCAAACCCUCAAAGAAACUAUAAGUUAGUACCAGUACAUUCUGGGUCUGUUCCCAGGAGCUAGGAUGGCUACAAAGACAGGUCAACUGAUCGAGUCUUUGUGCUCGGCUGUGCUUUGACUUGUCAGCACUCACACAGACUAGGUCAAGCCUACACCUUACAACCGGCAGAGACAGGACCUAACCCAGCUGAGGUCAGGCCAGGCUGUGGAUGGAACCCCUUGGCACCUACUCCUCUAAGCUGUCUUAUUGAGGUACUGCCAAGUGAAAGGUGGAUCCUAGAAGGCUCUUGUGAAGUUCCAGGUAAACUGAGGCAUUCCUAGAUUCAGAUGAGAGUCAGAGCUGGGGAAUCAGAACACAAUUAUCUCCUAUGAGAGGCAAAGUUGCUAAGGCCCCCCUCCCCUCACCCCCCCCCCCCGAGGAAGGGACACGUCCAACCCCUCAGUUGCUGGUUAAUCGUUUCUGUGGGAAAGUUCUUGAGGUGAGGGACCUGCUUCUCAGGACAGGCUCCAACAGGGGCUCAAUAUCAAGGCUCCACUGUCCUAACCUUCUAGUGCUGAGUGGUGGCUCUUGGGGACUGAACAAUGGAGGCUUGGGCUAGGGAAGUGGGGAUCGCCUUUAGAUGCUUCCUGGGUGAUAUUGGAAACGAGGCCCCUUUGUAUCUGAGGGGAGUUCCCAACAGGACUUCAAUGGUAGAAUGUGAAGGGCCAGAGUCACAGGCUGACACUGGGACAGAAAGAGAGAGCCGGGCCUGGCUCUGCCGUGCUUCCCAGUUUGACCCGCACCUGAGGCACCUGAGGUCACACCCUGUCGGGACUUCUACGUGCUCAUCUGUCCCUCCCUACAGCUUCCUCAGCAGACAGGUUCUUGGACCCAGGCACCAACAUACCAAGGGACACCAGCCAACCUGGGUGAGGGCCCAAUUCUGUAUAUCCCCCCCUUCCCCGGGGAACAAGAUGUUCGGUGGCAUCCCCUUGCAACCUGAGCACAUCAGCAAACCCCAUGAACGUGGAAUUUUCUAACAAAAUAAACUCGCUUGUUUGGUCUGUUUUCUGUAACUUUUGCUAAAUACUUUAUACAUUUUUAAUGUUGGAAAGCGGUGUCUCCCGCCAGCAUUCCUCGCCUGGGAUGAAUGUGUUUAUUCCGCGCUGUGUAUCUCUCCACGCUCUGGCUGCCUAGACCAGUAAAUAAAAUGGAUGUAAUAUAAGUUGUAAGUAACACUGUCAAAACCCUGAUCCCAAUGGAGGUUGUAUGCCUCUCCCAUCCCGUAAUCGCAUCUGUGUGUAUUAAUUCUUAAGAAUUAAAUGUUUAAAUUAGAGUUUAAA